AUGGCGACGGACAACCACGGGCCGCUCCAGGAUGAGACGGCCGGCCAAAAGCGUGCGCCUGCUGUGGCGGUGUCAGAGUUCGACGACGGAACGAGCGAGCUGGAGAAGAGCGAGUCGCUGGUCGUUGGUACGACGAAGCUCUACGUGGAUGGGCAGCUGAGGUUGAUUCCUAUGCCCACGCCCGACCCCAAGGUCGGCUCUCUCGCCUUAUCAGCCGAGGUCGUCAUUGGCGGUCUCCUCCCCGUCUUCAUCCUUGAGUACUCGGGCGUUGACCCGCACAUCAUCAACACCAUCGACUUCAAGGCCCAGAGUGGCGGCAGCGGCCUCAAAAUCAACCCCAUGUCCGUGGUGCCGCCCGGCGUGAAACCCGCCUCGCUAGACGAGGUCGCCCUCCUCGCCACGAUGCCGCUCCUGGCGAACGGCAUCGCGAGCUACUUCCUCGUGCCGACAUCCAUCUGGAUCGGCCGCCGCCCCGUGCUGCUACUCGCGGCGACGAGCGCCUGGGCCGGCGGGUUGUUUGCCGCGUUCAGCAAAAGCCUGCACCAGCACCUGCUCGCGAGAGCGCUCAUGGGCUUGGGCGCCGGUGCCGUGGAGGCGCUGAUCCCGCUGAUUGUACAGGACAUGGUCUUCAUCCACCAGAGGAACAAGGCCAUGUCGGCCAUCGUGUCCAGCCAAGGCCUCUUCAUCAUCAGUCUCGGCGUCCUGGCGCCCUGGGUUUCUGCCAACUACACAUGGAGAUGGUUGUACUACAUCACCUCCGGCCUGGGCAUCGUGGCAUGGGCCAUCAUCUUUGCUUUCUUGCCCGAGACCCGCUGGACGCGGUCCCAAGACGAGCUCAGUGGCCAGAAGACAUAUCCUCUCAAGCCAGGCAUGAACCGUCCUGAGCUAGACUACGUCAGUUACACCCCACGCACCAUCUGGACCAACAUCGGCUUCUUCCAGAACGGCUUUGAGUUCAAACCGGCGGCCAAGUCCAUGCUCGACGCCCUCCGGUCGACCUAUUUCCCCGCCAUCAUCUGGGCCGUUCUCGUCAAUAGCGCCAUGAUCGUCAUCAACCAGGCUGCCCAGCAGAUCAACCCUUUCGCACUCCUUGCCCAGGGCUGGCAGUUCCAGUGGACAGGCCUCACGGUGCUGCCGUUCUUUGCCGCGACCGCUCUUGUCUACGUCUUUGGGGGUCCCGUUGCCGACAAGAUCUCCAAUGCGGUGACGAGGUGGCAGGGAGGUAGCCGAGAGCCGGAGCACCACCUCGCCAACCUGAUCUUCCCUCUCGUAUCUGGCAUUUUGGGCUGUUUUGUCUUUGGAACUGCCGGGGAGAAGAACAUGCAUUGGGCGGUUCUCCUCGUCGGGUCGUUCCUGAUCGUCUUCGCCUUCUUGACGACGAUGACCGUCCUCAACGUCUUCAUCGUUGAAAGCUAUCCCCAGUGGGCAGGUCCCGUUCUUGUCAACGUUUCUUCGCUGCGCAUCGUCAUUGCCUUCUUCGUUGCCUCCAAGGCCACGGUCUGGAUUGCCAUGUAUGGUCCAUUUGCUAUAUUUGCACUCUACGCCGAGACAAUCAUUGUCUUCUCUCUGGGGUUGCCUAUACUCUACUUUUGGGGCAAGAGGUUACGACAGUGGACGGCUGGGAGUGUCAAGAGCAAACAAAGCGAGCAGAGUGUGCUAUCAGACGGAGCCUCCGUCUGA